AUGAGCCAGCGUUUUCCAAUCCAGUCAAUGCCUCAGUUUGAAGUGACUGAAUUAGAGCAUCAGGCUAGCAGGGAAUUUAUGCAGCAACUACUACAUCACACGAUUCGAGAGUUUGAGUUUAAUUCUUAUCACAAUAAUGGCAUCGUAGAUGCUAGGCGGUGGAAAUUGCAAACACACCGUGGUGACAUUGAGUUGUACCGUGAGCGCAAAGUUGGCGUAACUGGUGGCAGUUUAUUUAAUUCAGCGCGUCAUUGCCGACUUGAUCUACCUCUCUUUUCGUCUACAGUUGAGACAUUGGCGUCACCAACCAUGCUACUUACAGGUUAUGCCCAUGGACGUGUUGAGGAUGCUAUGAGCGCAGUAGUGACCGAGAGCCAGCACGAUAUGGCUCUUGCAGUCAAGUUCAAGCACCAAGAUGUAGCCGACUGUGCCAUACUCAAGACGUUGGAGCCGCCGACUCAAUCCCAUCCAUUUCACUACCUCGGCUUAAAAUUUUUUGCUCGAAAGUCUCCAACCGAAGGGCUCUUGUUUAAACACCGACACAGUGUCUACCUCGAGUUUAGCGGAAUUACCCAUACCAGCAAAGGAGAGCAGAUCGGCUUUCACCUAAUGCAUUCGGUCGAACUUCCGAUGUUCCCUGACUUAAGUGAUUACAACUCGAUCCGCGCACUGCAAUCGACUCGGUAUAUCUACCGACAGAAGAGCAACAAAAUGGUCGAGCUGUUCAUGCUAGGCAAUAUGAACAUCUCUGGUCACAUCUUCAAGCCGUUGGCCAACAAAUUUACGGUCGAUCUGUUCUUCGGUGUCACACGGCUGCUAGAGCUGGCCGAAGUGCGUCGUCUUUCCCAGAUGGCGCAUAAGCAGCGAAAUUUCGGCGUCAACAUCGCCACUGGGAGCGGAACACCGGCGUGUAACGUGUGCACUCGCAGUGCUGCUAAGCACAAAUUGGUGCGCUGCCACUUGUGCGGAAAGGAUGCGUGCAGGAAGUGUACAAAUACUAAGCGCGUCUUUGUGAGCGACAAUUCUGGUAUUCUUGGAAACUUCAUGAAAGUGCCGGCAUGCCAGACUUGUGUCCGGCGAGCCAACACCGGCACCUUUGUGUCCCCAUAUGAACGCGUCCUACGUACUCCCGUCAGUGAGCUAAAGUUUGACUUUCACAAGCCCAAACCCAAUAAACUGCUGCAAUGUACCGAUCCGAAACAUUCCGUGCGCGCUUUAGAAAGGCAUCGCGGCACCUACCCAUCUGAAUCUCUCUAUGUCCGUGAAUCUGCGCACUACGCGUCAAGUUUACCGAUGGCAUCGAAGCUCACCCAGCAAAAUGAAGAGGACAUUGUUGACCCAUUUCUCACAGCCUAUCAAAGGACGAAGCGCAUCACAGGAGAAAAUUUCGAUUUCAGUCAAGAUUCCAACCAUGUCGAAGCCCAUCUGACCCGACCUCGCUCACGCACACGUGCUUCAAUUUCAUCUCAAACCGAUUCUUGCCUCUACAGCGUACUGCCCCCCAAACCAAGAACAAGCAAGGAUCCGCAAAUGUCAUCGAAUAUGUCGUCUGCAGAAUGUGCGAUGAUGACUCGCCUGUUUGAGUUAAGCAAAAUAGCUGCAGACACAUCCGCGACAGCACGUCUGAACGGCAUCUACUGUGAGCAACAUUGGCAGAAAGAGCUGGAGAUGGAGGCCAGCCGCUCUCAAAGUCAUCGCACUACUGUCACCGCAUGGGUCUAA